AAUUGUAAAAAAUCUUUAGUGUUAUCCGAAGAAGACAGUUAUCAAAACUUUAAUAAGUUCGAUAAUAGAUAUUUCUCAUUUUUGAAGAAUUGUUUAUUCAUUUUUUUAAAUUAAUUAUAAGUUUAAAAAAUUAUUGAAUAAAUUUUAAAGUAUUACAGUAAUUAUUAAAAUUGCAUUAAAAGGUGAAUUCAAUUAACAAUAAUUAUUAAUAGCUGUGCAAAUAAAGUUAUUUACUUUAUCGUAAAUAAAAAUAUGGUUUUAAGCAGACAUGUAAAGCACUAUAGAAGAGGAAUUUCCUUGACCAGGAAAAUUACUAACAGUACAACUAGUCAAGAUGAUCCAGCUUCUUUCAGAAGGAUGGCAGAAAAGAUUUCUAAUUCCAUGAACACUUUAUCUAAAUCAAAAGUCAUUAUGCAAAAUCACUGGAAAUCAUUUGCGUUCUUGAAAACUUUCUUGAAUAAAUACGAGUACGCUAAUAAACAUCUUCAAUGGAAUGUUUACAAAUAUUGGAUCAGCGUUACUCAACAGUUGGCAAAUUCUACUCUUGGGAACAAAAGAAGUCUUUCUGUUAUUGGAAGAACUACAAAUAAAAAUAACAAAACAAUUGAUGAUCAAAAAAGUAAUGAAAAUAGUGAAACUUUGAAAGAAAAAAGUAAUGUUUCCGUAGUAAAAGUCCAAUUACCUAAAGAAGUCAUUGAAAGGUCGUCAACAUAUAAAGUACCCGAUAAUAAUAAUACUCAAAUCAAUAGCAACAUUCACAAAGAAGAACCUUCAGUAACAGCUGCAACUACAUCAGAUCAAGUCAUACAAAGCACUAAAGAUCAAAUUUUAGCCUUACCACAAGUAUUGAGUGAUUUCUUUGUGAAAUUUAAUCCAAUAAUCAAGGAUUCUCCACCUCUAAUGACUGUUCCUAAAUGGAAAAAAUGUGCUACAAAUAAUGUUACCAAAAAUAGUAUUAUUGCAAGAACUAAGCAUGUAUUGAAUAGUAUUACCACUGCAGAAUCAAAUGCUUCUCAACUAAGGAGAGUUGAUGAUUUAUUAACUCAUCUUGAACAGUAUCCUGAAGCUCGAUAUCAUGCCAUUAAAGAAGGUGCAGUUAAAACACUGUUGAGAGUCCGAGAAAAAUCUAAAGAUGAAAACGUGAAAGCAUCUAUAAGAGAAGCUCUCGCAGUUGUGGGAUACGCAGAUCCAGUUCCUCGACGAGGAAUUAGAAUUCUGGCAAUUGAUGGUGGUGGUAUACGAGGUCUUGUUGCGAUUGAAAUGCUGAAAAAACUUGAAAAAUUAACUGGUCAAAGAGUACAUGAAAUGUUUGAUUACAUGUGUGGAGUUAGUACUGGAGCAAUUCUUCUAGCCAAUUUAGGAUCAAGCAGAAGAAAAUCAUUAGAUGAAAUUUCUGAUUUAUACAAAGCAUUAAGUAACAAAAUCUUUAAUCAAAGUGCUAUCCUUGGUACAAGCACUUUAAUGUGGAGUCAUGCAUACUAUGACACAACUUUAUGGGAAAAAAUGUUGAUAGAGCAAUUAGGAGAUGAAGAACUUAUUAGAACUAAUCGUGAUCCAACGUCUCCAAAGUUUUCAGCAAUUGCUACAGUUUCCAACAAUACCCAAGUAAUGGCAUAUAUCUUCAGGAAUUACACUUUACCCCCAAAAGUACAAAGUCAUUAUAUUGGAUCUCAUAGACAUAAAUUAUGGGAAUCAGUGAGAGCAUCUGCUGCAGCUCCAACUUAUUUUGAAGAAUUUAAACAUGGAAAUUAUAUGCUUUCUGAUGGUGGAAUUUUAGUAAAUAAUCCUUGUGGAGUUGCUAUUCAUGAAGCUAAAAGAAUUUGGCCAAAUACUCCUAUUCAAUGUGUUGUUUCAUUCGGAACUGGAAGAAUUCCUCCCAAUAGUCCACAUAAUGAAGAACAAACAGGUACAACAGGAACAUCAAGUUGGAAGGAAAAAUUCUAUAAAAUAUUAGCCAGUGCUACUGAUACUGAAGGUGUUCAUACAAUGCUAAAUGAGUUAUUACCUGAUCACGUAUACUACAGAUUCAAUCCUUAUUUAACAGAAAUGGUUGAUAUGGAUGAAUUGAGACCAGAAAAAAUAUCACUAUUAGAGCAAGAUGCUCAAAUGUAUAUUCGUAGAAAUGAAGACAAAUUUAUUCAGGCAGUAGAGGCUCUAAAACAAACAAAACCUAUCUCACAAAAGGCAUUAGAUUGGAUAAAACUUCAGAAAGAAUUAUUAGGAUUGUGAAUCCACUACUUACAAAAGCGUACGAAAUUGUAAAUGUAUAAAAUGCAUUUCAUUUUUUAAUUUAA